GCAGCCGCAGCCAUGAAGUGCCUCCUGCUCGCCCUCAGCGUCGCCCUGGUGUGCGGCACCCAGGACAUCUUUGUGCCCCAGACCGGGGAGGGCCUGGACGUCCAGAAGGUGGCCGGGACCUGGUACUCCGUGGCCAUGGCGGCCAGCGACCUCGCCCUGCUGAGCACCCAGAGCGCCCCCCUGAGGCUGUACGUCCAGGAGCUGAGGCCCACGGCCCAGGGAGACAUGGAGAUCAUGGUGCACAGAUGGGAGGACAGCAGCUGUGUCCAGGCCAAGAUCUUCGCGGAGAAAACCGAGGUCCCUGCUGAGUUCAAGAUCAACAGCCUGGGGGACAGCAAGGUGCACGUGCUGGACACCGACUACGAGACCUUCGCCUUCCUGUGCCUGGAGAACGCCGCCCCCACCAAGCAGAGCCUGGCCUGCCAGUACCUGGCCAGGACCCCGAAGGUGGACCAGGUGGUCAUGGACCAGUUCAGCAGGGCCAUGAAGCUGCUGCCCAUCCACAUCCAGAUGGCCUUCACCCCGGCCCAGGCAGAAGAGAGGUGCCGUGUCUAAGCGCGUCCUGCUGACCCGCCUCCUGGGACCUCAGCCCGCCUGCAGGACGGCACCACCCCUCCUUCCAGUCAGAGGCCCCAGGAGGUGCUGAGGCCACGAGGCUGCUGGGC